CUCCGCCUCCGCCGUCGCGGCUGCAGCGGAGGCCCGGAGGGAGGGAGUCGCGUCCCCGCCCGCCGCGUUGCCAGACCGACCCUCGGUGUCGCCGAGUGAAGAGCCAGCGGCGCGGAGCUCGGCGCGGAGACGCGAGCCGCGGCCGCCCCUCUGCAGGUGCCUGUGAGGAGGCGCCCGGGCCGCGGCCGUGUCCGGAACCUGCCGGCCGCGCACAGAGUCUCUCCCCGCGCUCCCAGGGGCGGGGGGCGGCCCGGCUGGAGGAGGCCGCUGCGGGACCCGGCCUCAGCAUGAACCGCAGCCACCGGCACGGGGCGGGCAGCGGCUGCCUGGGCACCAUGGAGGUGAAGAGCAAGUUUGGAGCUGAAUUUCGUCGAUUUUCACUGGAAAGAUCGAAACCUGGAAAAUUUGAGGAGUUUUAUGGAUUACUGCAACAUGUUCAUAAGAUACCCAAUGUUGACGUUUUAGUAGGCUAUGCGGACAUCCAUGGAGACUUACUACCUAUAAAUAACGAUGAUAAUUAUCACAAAGCUGUUUCAACGGCCAAUCCAUUGCUUAGGAUUUUUAUACAAAAAAAGGAAGAAGCAGACUACAGUGCCUUUGGUACAGACACACUAAUAAAGAAGAAGAAUGUUUUAACCAACGUCCUGCGUCCUGACAACCACAGGAAAAAGCCACAUAUAGUCAUCAGUAUGCCCCAGGACUUCAGACCCGUGUCUUCCAUCAUAGACGUGGAUAUUCUCCCGGAAACGCAUCGCAGGGUUCGUCUUUACAAGUACGGCACGGAGAAGCCCCUGGGAUUCUACAUCCGAGACGGCUCCAGUGUCAGGGUGACACCGCACGGCUUAGAGAAGGUCCCAGGGAUCUUUAUAUCCAGACUUGUCCCAGGAGGUCUGGCUCAAAGCACAGGACUCUUAGCUGUUAAUGAUGAAGUUUUAGAAGUCAAUGGCAUAGAAGUUUCAGGGAAGAGUCUCGAUCAAGUGACAGACAUGAUGAUCGCAAACAGCCGCAACCUCAUCAUAACAGUGCGACCGGCGAACCAGAGGAACAAUGUCGUCAGGCACAGUAGGGCCUCCGGCAGCUCCGGCCAGUCUACUGACAACAGCCUCCUCGGCUGCCCGCCGCAGAGCGAACCCAGCUUUGAGCCAGAGGACGAAGACAGUGAAGAAGACGACAUUGUCAUCGAAGGCAAUGGAGUGCCGCAGCAGAUUCCGAACGCGGUUCCUAACGCCGAGAGCCUGGAAUCGUUAACGCAGAUAGAACUCAGUCUGGAGUCUGGACAGAAUGGUUUUAUCCCUUCUGCUGAGGUGAGCUUAGCACCCACAGCCAGCGGCACAAAUACAGAAUUUGACACACACAUUCCAGAUCAAAAACUCUUAGAAGAGGAUGGGACGAUCAUAACACUCUGAAACCGUUGUCGAUCGUUUUCUGCGGACGCCGUGGGACUUGCACAUUUGGCUAGUUUAAAGCAUAUAUUACCUCUGAACCAGCGACCUGGACCAGGCAUGAGAAAAAAUAAUAUUGCAAGCUUAAAACGUUAUUAAAAUAAUAGUUUCAUAAUUGCUAAUUUAAACUUUGGUGGGUCAGAGGUGAAUUUAAGUCCGAGACAAAGGGGCCUUUGCUAAUGAAAUCAUGUGCUUUUGCUAUUUUGGCUGUAGAGAACUGGACAUUCGAGCAUGUUCUCGGAACUAUGUGAGAGAAUGAAAUCAUUUCCAUUUGAAGUGGUUGCAUAUUUAACCUGCUGUGCAGAGCCCAAUUAAUUUUUCCUUUAACUAUAUUUUUAAAAAUUCUAAUGUGAAGAAGUCUGAUUCUAUCUCUUGGUACCUUGGGGACCUCAGCUCCUAUGUUCCUGUAUUUUAUUUUGAUUUUAAAAAUGUUGUUCUUCUGUUGUGAAUUGUAACAAGUAAUUUUUUCAAAUGCUUUCCUUUUCUAAUUUCUAAGAAAUCAAGCCCAUUGACUGUUUUUAGGAGUUGCUUCCUAUGUUAUAAAGCAUUGGUCCUAAAUUAAGAAACUCUAUAACAGCUGUCCAAGUUGUGUUUGUCCAUCCUGUUGAUAUCACAGUUACAGACUCAUUCCACAUGGGUAUAACUUAUGUUGCAAAAGGCAAGUCCGUCGGCUCUGAGCAUAUGAGAGACGCUCCCUAACCUCAUCCUCAUUCCCAAUCUCACUGGAAAUCAUUCCCUUCGUUGUUCGUGUGUGUUUUGUCGAUAUGCUUUUAUACUCUCUUAAUGUAUUCGAGUAGCGCAGAUCAUUUUGGAUAAAAAAAAUGCACCCAAGUUAAGAGAUUUUUACACACAGGACAAACUCCUCGUGCACUUUUUAUAUGAACAUUUUGGGUUUUCCUUAAUGGGAUUUCUAGGAACACUGCCUACACUUUAUGAAAAUUAUAGAGUAUUCACCUUUGACAGGUAGAGUUUAUCGCUAUUAAUUUUAUGAGGCUAUUUAUUACUUUCCAGUGCAUCCACUUAGAACAAGUUAAGAGUGAGGCUGCUCACUUUCCUUCCUUGGCUGAUUUCACUGUACAGUGGGCACAAACACUACAGCACGCUCGCACAUAGAAGCCGAGAGCAGUGUGAAGUACGUACGUUCUCUGCGGCUUAUGGCUAUUUCUCUCAGAGUUAUUUAUUGCUUAAUUUUAUUGUAGGGCUAGUAUGGAUAUCUUUAUAGCAAUUGCGUGCUAUUAAAACAAUGAAGAAUCAAACGACUCCGUUUUGAAGGAUAUUUUCACUGUAUGGUCAAAGUAUAUGAAGAAGUAAAGUCUUGAUUAAAUGAAGAUCACUUGACUCAAUACUUAAGUGUAUUUUGUUCACAUUACCACUAAACAUAUUGUCACUUAACUAUUAGCUGCACAACAUUCUGUAAUAUCAUGUACUUUUUGUUGAAUUCAUCGAAGUUCUUCCACUUACAUCCCACUUUUUUAAUGGCAUUCCCGCUUUAACAUUCUGUGAGUUUUAUAAAUUUGACUCUUGAAUGGCAAAAUAAUGUUAAUAUGUAGAAGGUUAAAUUUCAUUGAUAUUAUAAGCGGUGCAGGGGUUCAACAUUUUAAGUAAAAGUAAAAACGAUUUCACGCACUACCUCUCUCUUAAACAAAAUUUUAACAUCAGAACUUCUCUCGGGGGGGAAAACACUUCAGGGCUUGACUUUUUGUACAAAUUUUAACUGUAAAAUAUGGAUUUGUCUUGUAUGUAUUCAUGAAAAUGGAACUCAAAGCUGCUAGUGCUUUUUAUUUUAAUUAUCCUGCUAAGGGUACAUGACAGUGGUGUUUUCAGCGAGUUCUCUCUAAAUGAUUGGUAAAAUAAUUGAUCACUUGACGUAUUGUAAAACCAAUAGAUCUUGGUUAUACAAUAAAAUGUAAAAUCAUUGGUAGCCUGAAUCAAUUAUUUCAAGUGUAUCUUAUUAACAAGUAUAUCAGUGGAUUCAGCAUAAGAUCUUACAGUACUGAAUGUCAAGCCCCACUGUGAAUUUUGUUCUGUAUCUUUAAGUAAAUUUAUGGUAAUGUUCUCAUAUGCUGUCAACAGAAUAUAUGUACUUUUGUGAACUAUGAAUUUUCUAAUUAAAUUUUACACGCGACAACAUGA